UUUCUUGCUCUUUUUACUAUUUUUUUCUCUCUUUCUUUAUACUCUCUUCUUUCACGUGUUCUAUCACAUUUUUUAAAUUUCAAAUUGCUAACUUUCAAAGUGGACGCAUACUUUGCAAUAUAUAAAAGCCGCAGUAUCUUUCGUCCAAUCAGAUUUAUUGUUGCAAUGACUAAAGCUGAGCAAAUUGUUGAAAACCGGGAGAAGAAGUUGCAUAAUACUAUGCGUGAAUUGAAAAUUCAAAAACUUUGCUUAAACAUUUGUGUUGGCGAGUCGGGAGAUAGACUUACUCGUGCAGCUAAGGUUCUUGAGCAAUUGACUGGACAAACACCCGUUCUUUCCAAGGCCCGUUAUACCGUUCGAGCUUUUGGCAUUCGUCGAAACGAAAAGAUCGCUGUUCACUGCACGGUUCGUGGCUCAAAAGCUGAGGAGAUUAUUGAUCGUGGUUUGAAGGUCAAGGAAUUUGAACUUUAUAGAGAAAAUUUUUCGGACACUGGCAACUUUGGGUUUGGAAUUCAGGAACAUAUCGACUUGGGCAUAAAAUACGAUCCAUCAAUUGGAAUCUAUGGAAUGGAUUUCUACGUUGUCUUGGGACGUGCUGGAACUCGUGUUGCUAAACGCCGUCGUGCUAUUGGACGUAUUGGAUCUUCUCACCGCGUUACCAAGGAGGAAUCCGUUAAAUGGUUCCAACAGAAGUACGAUGGAGUCAUUCUGCCACCAAAACCGAAGGAAGCUCGUAAAGGAGGUGGUCGUCGAAAGCGUUAA